AUGGGGCGGGAGCGGUCUGGGCGGCGUAGGCGGCGCCCGCCGGCGGGGGCGGCGCUGAGGCGGCGCUUGCGGGUCGCGGGGCGGCUGGCGGCGGUGGGCGACGCGGCCGCCGGCCGCAAGCGGGCGAUGGGGAAGUGCACCACCAGGCACGUCGUUUCGGCGCCCCGCCACGGGCGCUGGGCCGCGCAGCCGGCGCCGGCCGGUGGAUGUCGCCAGUCGUACGACACGCUGCCGCUGCGGGAAGUUUCCCCCGCGGCCGGCUCACGGCCGUCGCGGGCUUGGCGUACACGGUCUCGAAGCUGGGAAACGGGCCUCGGCGGGCGCGCGAUCUCUCUCUGCGCGGCGCCGGCGCGGCGGCGGGCUGCGGCUGCAGCGGCCGCGCGCGCGGCACCGAGGGGUGCAGUUAAGAAAUCCUCGCCCGUUUCUGCCCCUAUUUAG